CACAUCCCACAACCACUCAUCCUGCCUCCUCAAGCUUCCUCUCGCACCUCUUCUUUCUCCUCACCCUCCUCAUCUUCCCGCUUCUCUCUCUCCUAUCUUCUAUCCCGCGUUCUUAGCUCGUUAGUCUCCUCAACACGAUCCCAACGUUACUCCGUCUCCCGGCUCAUUAUCGCCGUUAUCAACGGCCCACCAGUUACGCCACCGAUCUACCAUCGCAUAACGCAAGUGCUUUCGCUGUCGCCAUCAUGGCCGACGUCGCCGCCCGCAAACGUGGGCGUUCCCCCUCCCCUGGGUACGGGGACACACUUGCUUCGCCGCUCGAAGUCCUCUUGAAGCGACGCCGGCGAGACCCGCACACAGCGUCACGCAUGCCCCCGCCUCCCGUGUGGGGUGCCCCGAGCUUGAGUAGCCACACGGACGAGGACGACUCUCCCAGCUCACACGGCCCAUCUUCUCCCCUUCGCCGGGGCGAAGAGUACUUUGAGCGCCGCCGCCAGCGGCAGUGGGAGCGUCUUCAGGCGCCGUCCCAAUCCCAGCCCCUGCCGAGCCACCCCAGCUCGUCUCCGUUCCGCAAUCAGCCCCUGCAGAGGAGUAGGACUAACGAGUCGACAGGCUCAGCGUCUGACUACGAGAUGGAGGUUGCGCGCCGCCAGACGCUCUCAAGUUCGCCUGUCAUGCACCAGCCACCGGGCAGCACGCCAUUCCGCGCGAGCCAGUGGACGCCAGAAGAACGCAAUCGCGAAUGGGGCGAGGAGUAUGCCCGCCCCAACAGUCUUCUACAUUCGCUCCAUCUCGCCCGCGCCGAAUCGCAUCCCGCGCCAAUACAGACGCCCGAGCGCAUGGACAUGGGCACGCCCCACCGCACACCGGGCCUGACUCCGGGUGCGCCCUCUUCUACGGCCGUACCCACGCCCUACCGCAUGCGGGGGGUGCAAGAGACGCCCGGGCUUGCGGCCAGCAGUCCGUGGGCCAGCUCGCCACAGUUCUCCCCAUACGCGCCGCAUGCGCCCGCGCCGAGCCCGGUGUUCUACGAGCCCGUCGUCGCGGCGCAGUACGAGGAGGCGAACCGGCUUCUAGCCGAGCUCAACGUCGCGCGUAUGCGCCGCCAACAUGACGAGGGAGAGUGAGAAGAGCGCUUGUGACGGAGAAGGACACCUUGGGAGCAGUUUGUGGCGCGACAUAUCAGGGGACGGGACCGCGCCUCAAUACAUUUCACAAGCGAACAUCCAGCCCAGGACCACCAUUGCAUGCCACACACCACAGCACACUGCACUUCAAGUAGCGCCGCAUAUGCGCUACUUCGCACCACAUUCACAGGCGUCUCAUUUAUUGUAUUCUUUGUACUGUAGAUUUAUCAUGUUCGUUGCACAGAGUGGAUGCUUGGUGGUGUUGUAGACCUGGGGUGGUCGCACGAUCAGCCACGCCGAAGCCGAGUCUUGCCCACGCCACACUCAGCAACACAAUCCAUGCAGCCCCU